CCAGGCUCUUCUGAAGUGUUUUUCAAAAUGGCGGAAUCAAUCAGUUUCUUUUUGAGAAAGAAAUCGAAUAUUUAGAUGAGUAUGUAAAAUAUGAGUACUAGGAAAACAAUCCCAAAACAUAAACAGCAUGUUGCCUCAGAGAGAUCCAUCAAAUCAUCAGGUGUACACUCUGCAGACAGACUAUUCUCUUCGACCCCAGAAAGCAGUAAAACAACCCCUCCCGACAGAAAAACUGGUAAUAGAAGCACUCUGUGUGAUUGGGUUGAGCAGAAAGAACUGCCAAACACAAGCAAAAUACAGAACAAACAGAUGAAAAGGGAUAUAAAGUUACUCCAAGAAGAAAAUGAAGAGUUGAAAGCAGAACUAACAUAUAUCAAAUCUUUGUACAAGCAACUUAUAGAAGAACUACCAAAUGAAAGAUUUGAUGAGAGAAGAGUCAAUCUGCUCAAAUCACAAGUCAUUCAGCUAGAGAGACAGGUCACUUUGCAAUCUUGGGCCCUUAACCUAAGAACAGAUGUCCUCAUAGAAAUUGAGGGUCAACUUCUUAAUGUUAUAGAUUGUUUAAGAUCUAUGCAGACACCUGAUGUUACAACUUACAGCAAAAUCUCAGAUCUGUUGUGCACUGUUGAAGGGAUUCGUCAUUAUCUUUCCAAGACUAUAGAACCUACAAAUCCAGAAACACUCGCCCUACCUGCUGUUUUUAUGGGAAAAUUUUUAAAAUGUGACAAGAAAAUGAGCAGUAACCAUCAAACCACCCUAAUAGAUAUGUGUAGUGGCAAGUUUGAUCAUCUCAAUCUCAGACAUGUGUCAAAACUAGAAUCCAAAUUGUGCAAAUUGUACAAGCAAAUGGUUUGCCUGAAGGAAGUGCUCCAGGAAAAAUGUAUAACAUCAGUGACAGGAAGUGACCACAUUGGACAACCAAUCAGAGAUCACAUGAAUGCACAUGUACAAGCAACAACAACACUUCUUGAAGACAGCUGUCAAGACCUUCUCUCUCUGUCUGUAUUGAUUCCAUCAGCACCGUGGCCACCACUUAAUAAGCAAAUUAGACCAGACUUGAAUCUAGAAAAUGUGAUGUCACAUAUGCCAUCCAGUUUAAGCAGAAAGAAAGAGGAAGAGAUUCGGUCAGUGAUUGAUCCUCUAAUGAAGGCUGUCAGUUAUGAUCAACACAUGCAUUUAAUUGAGAUAAAGAUUCUAAAAGAAGAGUUAUCCUUUCACCAAAGAAUGUAUCAGUUACAGCUGGACUAUACUGAGUCAGUACUAUCAUCCAUCAGAACUGCAUACACAGAAUUUGAGAAAAGCACAUCUGAAAUGUUGUGUGAACCACUAGAAAGGAUUCUAGAGUAUUACGAAGCUCUAAGAACCACCACAUCUGAAGAAGACCUUAGACUUUUUCUUACAGCAUUCAAAGACAAUGCUGAAAAGAUUUCAGAUGCUGUUGAAUGUCUUCAGUCUCACAGAAAUAAAGAUUCUGCAGGAAGCAUUGCACUGUCAGAGUAUUGCCAGAAUUUCUUGGAUAAACUGAACAGUUUAAUAAAAGAAUGUGCAAUAAAAAGAGAUACACUAAUGAAGAAACUUAUAGACUUGAAAAAACAAGAAAGUGAAGAUCAAUUGAUGAAAAAACAAGAAGGAAAUUAAAGCUUGCAUUUAUAGAUGUCAAAUAUAUAUUUAAAACGAAGGGGUUGUUAAUAAAAUAUAAACUAAAAGAUACCAUUGAAGGCAUGAAUAUAAGGGAAAGAAUUAAGAUGCGUUGGCUAUAAAAUAACAAAAACAACAAAGGGUGAUGAAUCAUAAUCUAAAAAAUAUUUGUUUUAAGUUAACAAAAUUCCCUAAAAAGACUAUAGAUUUAGCCAAGUUCUUGAAGCACCUCAAAAACUGUAACUAGUGCAUAAAAAUGAGGAAUGUUUCUAUGACAACCAAUGCUAGUACUGAUUAUUUUUUAUAAUGAAGUACUGAGAUCUAUCUACAGCAGGAGUACCUAUACUCAUGUCUAAAGCAGAGGAUCAAUCAGCUCUACAGGUAGAUCUAACAUGACAUGAAUAUGCCUGUCUAUAGUUACAUGUGGUAUUUAGAUAAAAACCUACUAUUUCUUUGCAA